UUUCCGGUGCGAAGUAAACAGAAAUUUGACAUUGGCUCUUUUUAUGAGCGUCAAAAAUGGCUUCGCUCACUUUAAAUUCGUUAAAACAAAUAAUGAGAGCAAUGGUAGAUAAUCCAGGCUUCGACAGAGUUCUGCGCAAGGUGGACAUUUUGUCUGCCACCCCAGGCAAAGUGGUGUGUGAGAUGCGGGUAGAAGAGGAGCACACCAACCGGGGAGGGACGCUGCACGGCGGACUAACAGCCACCCUGGUCGAUGUCAUCUCCACCAUGGCUAUCAUGUACAGUGAGAGGGGAGCACCGGGGGUUAGUGUGGAUAUGAACAUAACAUAUAUGAAUGCUGCCAAGAUGGGAGAGGACGUGGUCAUUACUGCUCAGGUUCUGAAGCAAGGACGGACGCUGGCGUUUGCCACCGUAGACCUUACCAGCAAGGUCACUGGGAAGCUCAUUGCACAAGGAAGACACACUAAACACCUUGGCAGCAGCUAAACUGUCUCCAAUCUGUGCCUGUUUGUAAAUCACAUGAACAUAUAUUUGUACUGUCAAAACAAGGGACUCUGAUCUAGGCUAACCUCUGAGCGAAGAUCUAAACAAACCACUACCUGUAUAUAGUUUGCAAGAAUCACUGAUUGAGUAAGAACAGUUAACAGUGGUGGAUGCCACAGCUCCAUAAUACUACUCACUGCUGGUUACUUAAUGACCUGUGUUGUUAUGACCAUAUUUGUUGUCAACAGUUACAGAGAAACUUUGGAUAGUUGUAUGGUCAAAGUCAAUCCUGACCUAUUGUAUCAAUGAUUCAUGCACAUGCAAUAAAACAAAUGGAGAAAGAGUUAUGCUUUCAG